CCCAACCCAGGCGGCUCCACCCCGCGCUCCUGACAGAAGACAGGCGCUGGCAGAGCCCUCUCCACUUCAGAGAGCUCCGGGGAGAGGCAGAGGCCAGACGGGAGCCGCUCGACCUCGGCUGCUGAGUGCCAGACAAGAUGCCUGUGGCAGAUACUCGAGGGGACGCGGGUCGGUGGACCAAUGUCAGUUACCGCGUGCGGCAGCCCAACCAGCCGGAGACCGGGCCCAGGAGGAAGAAGCGGAAUUGGUUCAACAAAUGCUGCGCCUGCUGCUCGGGCCAGGGGGACGAUGACUGGGGUCCCGCGCCCGGGGAGGUCCCAGGAGCUCGGCGAGAGCCCGUUGUCCGAGAGGGCAUGCUGGUGGUCAGCGGAGUGGACCUGAUGAGCGGCCGGUCCAGCAGCAACCGCCGAGCCCACCACACAAACGAGUUUGAGUACGAGAAUCUCAUCCUCCGCCGCGGGCAGCCCUUUGACAUGAAGCUCCAGUUCCGCCAGCCGUACGACCCCGAGGAGCACCGCAUCUGCCUCGAGUUCCUCAUCGGUCCAUCACCGCAGACCUCAAAGGGGACGUACAUUCUGGUUCCAGUGGGCAAGGCCAUGGACGGAGGGCUCUGGUCAGCAGAGGUGACCGAAACAGGCACAAACAACAUAUCCCUGCGGGUCACCACCUCGCCCAACGCCGUGAUCGGAAAGUACCAGUUUGGGGUCAAGACGCGGACCAAGGCGGGCGAGUAUCAGAUGCCCUUUGACCCCCGCUACGAUAUUUACAUCCUCUUCAACCCCUGGUGCAAACAGGAUCCUGUUUACCUGGCCCAGACCAAUUGGCUGGAGGAGUAUGUGCUGAACGAGUCGGGGAGGAUCUACUAUGGGACCGAAUCCCAGAUUGGGGAACGCACAUGGAAUUACGCCCAGUUUGACAAGGGUAUGUUAGAUGCCUGUCUCUACAUCCUGGACCGUCGGGGGAUGCCGCACGCGAGUCGUGGAGACCCUAUCAUGGUUUCACGGGUCGUCUCUGCCAUGGUGAACUCUCUGGACGACAACGGGGUGCUGGUCGGGAACUGGACCGGCGAUUACUCCCGUGGCACCAACCCUUCGGCCUGGGUGGGCAGCCGCGACAUCUUGCUGAAGUACCACAAGUCGGGCUAUCCGGUUCUCUACGGGCAGUGCUGGGUGUUUGCCGGAGUCGUGACCACAGUCCUCCGAUGCCUGGGCAUUCCCACGCGGACCAUCACCAACUACAACUCGGCGCACGAUACGGACGUCAGCCUCACCAUGGACAUAUACUUUGACGAGAACAUGAAGCCGCUGGAGAACCUCAACGCCGACUCUGUUUGGAAUUUCCAUGUCUGGAACGACUGCUGGAUGAAACGGCCCGAUUUGCCUUCAGGGUUUGAUGGGUGGCAGGUUGUGGAUGCGACCCCCCAGGAAUCCAGCAGCGGCAUUUUCUGCUGCGGUCCCUGCUCCGUAGAGGCCAUCAAGAACGGGCUGGUCUACAUGAAAUACGAUGCGUCCUUCUGCUUUGCUGAGGUGAACAGUGACAAGGUUUAUUGGCAGCGCCAGUCUGACGGCAGCUUCAAGAUUGUCUAUGUGGAGGAGAAGGCAAUCGGUCACUUAAUCAGUACCAAGGCAGUGGGCUCAAAUCAGCGCCACGAUGUCACCGACAUUUACAAACAUCCUGAAGGCUCCGAAGCGGAGCGCAAAGCGGUCGAAACGGCCGCCAAGCACGGCACCAAGGCCCACAUCUACACCAACAAGGAGUGGGGCGACGACAUCUCCGUGACGGUGGACACCCAAGAGGCCUACACGGGCCAAGACAUCUCCUUGAGGGUCAUCCUGAAGAAUCGCAGCUCCAUGCCCCGCAGCGUCUCCCUCAACCUCUUCGUGGCCGUCAUGUAUUACACCGGCGUAACGGGCAGCAACUUCAAGCAGGAGAAGAGGGAGGUCCAGGUGCCGGCCAGCGGAAGCCAGGCUGUUCCCAUGGUGGUCUCCUAUGCCGAGUACAAGCCCCACCUGGUUGACCAGGGAGCCAUGAAGCUGAGCAUCUCAGGGAAAGUGGCCGAAACCGGCCAGGUGAUCGCGAAGGAGCACACCUUCCGCUUGCGAACACCGGACCUCACUCUGACGUUGCUGGGCCCAGCUAUCGUUGGACAAGAAACCCAAGUCCAGAUUGUCUUCAAGAACCCGCUUCCGGUGACGCUGACUGGGGCCAUCUUCCAUAUGGAGGGGUCGGGGCUCUCCACCCCAAAUACGAUGACAGUGGGAAAUAUCGGCCCACACCAAACAGUGACGCUACGACAGACGUUCACACCUCUCCGUGCAGGCCAACGCCAGCUGGUUGCCAGCCUGGACAGCCCUCAGCUCUCCCAGGUCCACGGGGUGCUGACGAUCGAGGUGACCCAGGGUCCCCCAAGAGGCCCCUCGUCGGCUUCUCCAGCCCCUGUUCGGGGGUCUCCGGCCCGCGGACGAGCUUCCCCGGCCCACGGACGGGCUUCUCCGGCCCCUGCCCGAGCCUCGCCUGCACCUUCUCCUGCCCUCACCAGAGCAUCUCCAGCUCGCCAGCCGACAGGCCGCAACAGCCCAGCCAAUGCCCGCGGGUCUCCGGCCCGCCAGCCAGACCCUCGAGGCUCCCCCAAUGCCCGUGGGUCACCUGCCGUGCGGGCGGGGCGGCCGGUCUGAGACAGACCUUUUUAGCUUUUUUU